CGGGCGGUCGCCUGCCCACUUAGGGGGGCCGGGAGCGGCAGGGGCACCCCCCCUCCGCCUCGUCUUUCUCUCCUCCCCUCCGCCGCCUCCCUCCCUCCCUCCCUGCCCGCCUGCCUGGGAUGGUGGAGGCAGCCGGGAGCACCCGGCGGGGCGGCCCUGGGCGCGGGGGGCGGCUCGCCCCGGCCCCGGCGCGGGGGGGCGGCCCGCGGGGGGCACCGCCGUCUCGGGGCCCCGCAGCCCCCGCCGCCGCCGCCGCCGCCGCCGGUGAUGGCCAAGGAUGUCCUCGGAGGGGGAAGCCGAGGCGGCUGCUGAGAGCGGGCCGGGCAGCACCCCUGCGCCGGCGGCCGCCGCCGCCGUGCGGGAGGAGCAACGCCCCGUGAAGCAGUCCCUGAGCGCCUGCAUGUGCCGAGAGUCCCACUGGAAAUGCCUCCUCCUCUCCAUCCUCAUGUAUGGCUGCCUGGGUGCAGUGGCCUGGUGUCAGCUGUCCCGAGUCACCAAGCUCAGCUUUGAUAGCUCCUUCAAGGGCAAGUCCAUGAUCUACCACGACAGCCCGUGCUCGGAUGGCUAUGUCUAUAUCCCGCUGGCCUUCCUCUCUAUGCUGUACGUGGUGUACCUGGUGGAGUGCUGGCACUGCCACGUUAAGAGAGAGCUGCAGUACAAGGCGGAUGUGGACAGUGUCUAUGAAUGCAUCAACCGCAUGCAGCAAGCCACUCCGUGCAUCUGGUGGAAGGCCAUCAGCUACCACUUUGUGCGGCGAACCCGGCAGGUGACCCGGUACCGCAACGGUGACGCCUACACCACCACGCAAGUCUACCACGAGAGAGUCAACACCCACGUGGCUGAAGCUGAGUUCGACUACUCUCACUGUGGAUACAAGGACAUCUCCAAGGAACUUCUGGGCCUGGAGAGCUACACAGCCACCAAGCUGAGGUUCACCAAGUGCUUCAGCUUUGCCAAUAUUGAGUCUGAGAACUCUUACCUGACUCAGAGGGCUCACUUCUUCACAGAGAUCGAGGGGCUAGAUGACUACAUGGAGGUGAGGGAAGGCAUGCAGCUCAAAAACGUGGACUUUAAAGAGCUUAUGAUGGCCUACGGGGACCCGGAUCACCUCCCCUGGUAUGUGUCCCACUAUGCUUUCUGGGUGGCAGCUAUCCUGAUGAUCUCGUGGCCGCUCAGGGUACUCAUAGAGUAUCGGACUGCUUAUGUCCACUACCAUGUGGAGAAGCUGCUGGGCCUGGAGUACACGGCGCCUACGGCAGUGGAGGAGCCCUUGUACCGGUACCGCAUGCCCCGAGACGCCACGCAGGACAGCACCGAGCUGGAGUGGCACAUCUGCACCAACCGGCAGCUGAUCCCCAGCUACUCGGAGGCCAUGCUCAUGGACCUGGCCAACUCCCCGGCCUACAACAGCUACGCCGUGUGCCGAUACGGCGAAACAGCCCAUGGCUGCGAACGCUGCAACCGUGCCUCCAGCACCUCCUCCAUCUUCUCACGCCACGCUUUCCACAGCUGCAGCGGCAACUCCCGCCUCUCCCUCAACACCAGCCGCUUCUCCCUCUGCCGCGUCCACGGCUCCCACAGGACAGGCCUCUGGAGGAGCCGCAGCAGCAGCAUCGCAGACCGGGGCUGCCAGGACGAGCAGUGCUGCUCCUACUCCAGCCAGCUGGCUGUCAACGAAAACCCCCCGACCUACCAUGACGCCCGCUUCUUCCCCGUCCUGAUUGUGCACAGGCCGGAGGGGCACGAUGGGCGGCAUUUCUAUGUCAGGCGCUCCUCCUGUCUAGAAACCUCUCUGUGACAGGCCUUUCUCAGCUCCUCUGCCCUGGGACAGGGCUUGCAGAAGUGCCGCCAGCGGGGAGCCUGCAAGCAUUGGUCUCCACAGCAGGUCGGCAGGACAAGCUUCAGCUCUUCCCCUUGCCAUUGCAAGAGGACGCAGUCACUCCGACCAAUGGCUAACUUCAUUUCCAGGAGCUUCUCCCCCUCCUUCGACUGGUCUCCCUAGUCAUUUGUUCCCCCCUUCCUUCUGCUCUUUCGCUCCUCACCCUUUCUCUGCUCCUCCAUUCACUGCCUCUCCUCCCAUCCCACCCUCAGUCUGUUUUUUCAUGUUUCAGUCACAGCAUUUGACUGCUGUUGCCACUGGAGGAUUUAUAAAGCCUGUGCUUUGCAGUGUAUUUGCCCUUUCGGAUGCCCUGCAUGAUAAGAAACUCAGAUAGAGCAAGGCGAAAGGCACGCGGCCAGCCAGAGUCAAGUCAGAAGGAGAAUUCAGAUCUGCAGGCGCUGAGUCACCUCCCGCAAACCUGAAACAAGGCACUUUUUUAUUUAUUUUAUUUUCACCAGUCUUUUUUCCUCUUCUGUCAUUUAUUCUCUCCUUUCUUCAUGUUCUCCUCCUCUCGCUUUACCCUCAUCUUCAUUUUUUUUUCAGUUUUCUUACUUGGGUUGUCCAAUUUUUCUGGGAUUUUGCAGGUGAGGAUGUCUUUCAGGGUGUAAUUACUUUCCAUUGGGCAAAAAUAAGGUUCUCGUGGCACAAAUGCCACUGACUGCUGACACACGCCUCUGAGAAAUGCUGAGGACUUUUUUUCCAGAGUACUGUCACGCACCAAUAAAGCAAAAAGCCCUUUGCUCACCUUGCCCUGCCUGGUCUGCAGCGGAGACACUGCUGCGUUUCCAACUGUAGUUAACCUUGUCCAGCUCCACCCCUGUUAGCAAUCUUUGAGAGCCGUAAUGUAGAUCAGUGCCCUGUUAGUGCCACUGUUUUUAGGACUAUAGGUCUGGUUUGUGGUUGUUUCAUUCCUACCCACUUGCUCAAAGCAGCACAGGCUGGACAAGGGGAGAGAGGCUGGAGAGGGAAGGGGAAAUAUGGUAUUAAUCCUCCCACCGAUAGUCUGGAGUUGUUAGGAAGCUCUUCCACCCGCAGCAUCUAUUGGAGCAGUUGCAGGACUGCUCUACGUUACCCUCAGCUUUCCCUGUGCCCUGUGGAGGGUUUUUGGCCCAUAGCCCACUGCCUCCUUCCCACCUUCCAGGCAGGAUGCGGUGCCACCCCAGCCCCAGGCGGGGAGCACAGCUCAGAGCCAGCCCCACCGGCCACUCCUGCCGGCACUCCAGGCUCUUCCCGUAAGGCUUCCCCCAGAGCAGGUGCAGCACCUUCCAGAAGCUAUCGGAUUAGUCCCAGCAAUGCCAAACCCAGAAGGUGUCUGUUCCUGGCAGAGAGGAUCGCUGCACUCUGUGGGCUGACAGAGACCAGAGACCCAGCCAGAGACCCCCUCAACAGCCAGGGACCGACCCAAGAAGCUCAUGGCCACUCUGAGGACCCACCAGGGACCUCGCACCUGCCAAACCUCCAUCCCCCAAGUGAUGGUCAUAUGCUGAGCAAGCUGUGUACCAUUUUGUCGAGUGUAUGGCAGAGAUGGUUAUCCACCGUGACUCACAGGAGAAUGCAAUACGAUCGCAAUACAGUCACUUUCAAAAACGAAGUGUUGUCAAUCCCUACAGCAAGUAGGUAAGAAACCGAGCCCCCAGAGGGGCUGGAAACAAAUGCUUCCUCCCAAGUCCGUUCUGUGUGUAUCUAUAUGUAAUAUGAGAUUUGUAAAGUCAUAUUAGUAUGUGUAGAUUAUAUAUAACUCUGCAUACUUAUAUGGUGAUUUCUUAUGGCAUUGACUGUUGCACCAUGUUAAAUACAUUUCCUUUUGGUUUGAUGACUCCGUUUUGAUGUGUUUAUUUCAACUCCAGAAAUAGAAAUAUUGGCAAUACCUGGCUAACCUGCUGCGAAUGAUGGCACCAUCAGAAAGGCUGUUUAAAUUCGCAUGAGUCGAUCUUUUUUAAUGUAAAUACUUUAUGUAUGAUUUAUGUGACAUUUUCAUUCUGACAGCUUGGCAUUUAUCGUAAAAGACAGAUAACACAUAUGAUGUGUUAGUUUAUCACCUCUAAAAAAGAAUAACCAUCCCAGACACAUGGAGGAACCAGGUUUGGGCUUGGGGUAGUGAUUAUGGUUGGGCUGGGGCCAAACCAGAUAACAUUGAAAUUUACAGAAAAAUCCAAACUUAGAUCCACCCCACAGUGACCCAGUCCUAGUCCCCCAUCUACACUGUGCCACCUACCACCCCCAGGAAGAGCUGUGAGAGUUUGGGAACUAGGAAAAGAUCAGGCUUGAACUCAAAGCUCAAAAUUAUCGCUGAUUUACUUGUGUUCUGGAGACGAAGUAAAUACAAGUCUUUAAUAUGGUUCCCUGUCCUUAUCUUCAUUCACACAGAAAGUUAAAACCAGCACAUAUGGAAGAUGUAAGAGGUGGAGGAGGCUGAAACAUCACGAAACAGAGAGGCUGUAAUAUUUCAACACAGUUUCUUACCGAAGGAGGUGAUAGGGAGGAAGACAAGAAAGGAGAAAGGAAGGGAUGGUAGCAUAAUACAAAUUAAAAGAGAACAGAGUUCAGCUGCAGCGAAGAUAAUUCCCAAAUGAGCAGCAUAACUCAUUUAUGGCAAGCUUAGCCCAGACACAGGCAGGAUGAGUUUCAGGCUUCUUGUGUAGCUGUUGCAGCCACCUGUGGCUUUAAAUGCCAUGUCCAAGGUCUUGGCAUGGCCAGUUUGGGUCCCAUAUGUAUUUCAAGAUGGAGAGUUAUAUUUGGGUCCUCAGAAGCAGCCACGUUAAACAGUAGUAUUAUCUGACAUGAACAAGCUCUGGCAAUCCCAUUAUUAUGGUGGGUUGGGCAGAGAAUGGAGACAGUUUAUGCCCAGUUUAACAUUUUCAGCGUCCUCAAAAGCCACUGUAAUAUCCAGCAGCUCUCCAGCUAUGUCCUUGGCAAGGUUUGGAAAGCCCAGAGGGUUUCUGCUUCCUCACUCUGUGUUCUGGCCCAACUUUGGGGCAUUUAUUUGAGAAGCCAUUGCUAAGCUGCAAAAGCCCUCACACACGUGGAGCUCCCUCCUGUCACUUGCUGUAGCCUCUGGCAUUGACUGAAAAGCUGGGAGCAGCUCCUGUUCCGGCCUGGGGCUGAAGAUGCUGAUUUGAACGGAUCACACACUCACGAAGCACCUGAACUGCCACCCGGGGUCUACUACACCAUAGAGCAGAGCUGCUCCUGCGACCCUUGAAUGCCACCUCAUUGCCGCUGUUGACAUUGCUGCAGCUUCCUGACGCAGGAUGAGGGAUCUGUCCCCUAGGCAUGGAGGGAACAACGCUGCUCUUCAAAUCCCAAGUCAGAGGAUGGAGCAGACGAGUUCUUGAAUCCGAGUGCAAACCAGGCAGCUCUAUGGAAAACGCCUUGUACAAACACAGGGAUUUUGUAUCCGAUUGCAGACUGAGACUACUUUGACAAUAGAGUAGUGGCAUGCGCCAGCAGCUUUUGCUGAACUUUUAGGGCUAUGGCUUCUCAUGUGGAAAUGUGUGUUUUGGGGUGCUUUCUCACUGGGAUAACCCAUCCUUGUCCUGUUGGGUCUAAAUAAUUAGAAGGGGCUGAACAGCAGAGGAAGAUGAGGAAGUCCAGCAAAUAAUUCUCUCCCUCCUGCCUUCUCUCUCUUCUUCCUCCCUCCCUCUCUUUCUUUCUUCCUUUUUCCUUCUCCCUCAUCUUCAGAAGUCUCCCAGCAUUGGGAAUUUAUCUCUUGAUUAUUGUGCAGUUCUCCAGGCAUUUUCUAGAACAUGCCUACACCGCCCAGCAAGUCCAGUGAGAUGUGACAACACAUGAUCGCAACAGAAGAAAUACGGAAAGGAUGUAAGCCGGGAAGGCACUAGCUUGUUUAUAAGCCACUGCGCUGUAUCCUGUGAGUGUGAGCCGUGAGCACUGCCACUGGUGUUAUGGCCUGUAGAACAAAGCCACGUUGCUUAAUUCAGUGGCAUAAGAGGCCGGGAGAGUUUAAUUGUCUUCAGUUCCUAAAAGCAUUUUGGAAUCACCAGUUCCUUUGAUUUCUGCGUGGUAAUAUUGCACUCCUCCGUAAGUUUUCCCACAGCAGUUUGCACUCCAACUGGCAACGCGUGCAGGAUUUCAGUCCAAUUUUCAUAUGGCUCUUCCUGCCUAUCACUGUUGACACAAAGCCCUUUUUGGAAGAGAUGAAGCCAGAUUCCCUGCUGAGGAAAAUUCCCUUUGGUCUUCUGCUUCCAGCACAGCUUUGCUCUCAGAGUCUGGCCUCUACAACAGAGUCCCAGAGUCUGUGCUGUGCUACAACUUCCUAUCCCACACUCCUCUUUGCAGAUGAAAGCUCCUUCCCCUUCCCAAAGCCUUUGGGAACAUCACAUAUGACAUUUGGAUGAAGCACAACAUGCCUGUCAAGGUACAGGCAUGCUCCAGCCACGCAGCGUGGAGCCAAGCCUCUUUCAGCCACUGCCUCCUCAGAUGGGCUUGGCCAGGUCACAACGCUUGCCUGUGCCUCCUCUCUCCUGCUUGGACACCG